AUGGCAUUUGCACAGAUAACCAGUGCAGCUGUCCAAAAACAGAGAAUUAGUUUUAUCAGAUUGACACCUCAAACCCCAAUUGGGGAUGUUCUUCGUACAAUCCAGCCCUCUGUUCACAGACACCCUGAGGGGAUGACAGCAAUGCAGCAAUUGCCCUUUUCUCUUAUUGUGGGGAUGCAACAUGAGACUGGGCGGCUGAAGAUUCGCUUCUUUUUACAGGGCAUUUUGUUGAAAGGCACAAAGAUAGGAGUGAAGCGGCUUGAUAGAGCAGGACAAGGCUCCGGAGAGUUCCGUGCAGAAGUGGAAACUCUGGGGUACAUUCAUCAUGUUAAUUUGGUUAAACUGGAGAGCUUAUGUGCAGAAAAGUCCCACCGAAUGCUUGCAUACGAGUACCUACCAACGCCAAGUUAUGGGCUGUUUUCAGUGUUGCAGACUAUGGCAGAGGAGGGGAGAUUGAAAGAUUAA